CGCAGACCGCGGCCGGGGAGCAGUGGCGGAGAGCAGUACCGAUGCCGCCGACUCCGACGCUAGGUGCUAUGGCGAACCAAGAGUGCUAUGAUUAAAGGUGAUCUUCAGUGAGAGCGCGUUCUUGUCAGCAAGCGUAUCAAUGGAAAGAAGCCUCGUGCAGCCUACGACGUCAAGAGCCUUGUUCGGCUAUUUGCUGCUGUUUUUUCUCAUUCUCGCGCUCGCCGGCGGCGUCGAUCGGAAUGACCGGUCGCGGGACUGCGCCCUGGCGCGCGUCAAGCCCUGCGUCGACCGGCUGCUGCAGCUGGCCAACGACAACGUACUGGUGCACGCCACCAACGAGACUCUGCUGGACGACGUCUGCACGAUGACCCGCAAGGCCGUCGAGUGCGUGACUUCGUACAUCAGCAACUGCUUCGACAAGACGGAUCGCGAGGUGUACCUGCAGACGGCGUCCAGCACCAAGGGCAUCAUGAACGACAUAUGCCAGCCGGGGGAGUUCAGAAACCGGUUUCUGGAGCACAUCCCAUGUCUGAGGCUGGUCACCAUCGACUACAACUACUGCGGCUAUCUAUACAAGAAAACAGUGUACCACAUCGAGAGAGGCGACAACGCGCACGCCACGCCCGAGACGUGCUGCACAUACAAUAAGCUGAACAACUGCUCUCGCAGCAUGUCCCGUAAGCUGUGUGACAGCGAAGCGGCCGAGUUCGUAGACGAAUUCCUGGAGCGUUCCGGUGACGUGCAGCUGCGGGGCAACUGCAGCGCCUACCAGGAGGACUCCGGGCUGUGCUCAGGAUGUGGAGCGGCACCUGGCUGGCCCGGCUGGCCAGCGCUGGCCGCUGGUGUGCUGCUGCUCUUCGGUCGCCACCUUCUCGGCCGCUAGGAGGAGGCUGCCGACGUCUGAAGCCAAUCCUGCGGCCCAUCAUGGCCCGCUCUGAGUCGUCCUCAGGGCGCAGACACGCCAUCAACCGGCCAGCAGGACCUACCUGUGGGCCUGACGAGGAAGUGAUGGAGCUGCUCUGUGAUGGUCACCAGGAAGCUCCAACGUAGCUCCGGUAUGGUGGUUACCAGAAACGUCCAGUGGCGGUCGUCGAGAUGGGAUGGAAAAGGGAGGAGCACUGGCUGGAUCUGACUGAGUGAAAGUCGUCAGUAGACCAGUGACAGGAUGCGUAGAGCAUUCUGAGCAGUGCGCGGAACACGCCUCGCACUGGGAACCAAACACGCCGCCGUCCAGAAGCAAUGCACGCCGACGUGGCAGCUUCUCUCCUGCCCUGGGUCGAUAGAUAGUUUGAUGUCCAGGAAAGGCCCCCACCCCCAGCUAUCCGCCUCCCACUUCCAGGUAUGCACGUGUGAGACUCCCCCAACAACAGGCGGCCGACGGACGCUGCCGCGGCUGCUUCUGAUUGCCAGCGCUGCUCAGUGGCAAUGUAUGUGGAGCAGUGAUGGUAAACCAAUCGCUGGGUAUUGACCGUGGCAGCUGGGGCGGACGCCGCAAGCUUAUGUGUGGCGUGUGGCGAGAUGUCAUCACACCAGCUGUAGUAGAGCCUAAGUUGGCCGUUCCUUGUGCUACGUGAGGACCGGAGCAGCUGCGGAGCAAGGGAAGGCGAUUGGGUUAAAAGACUUCUCCCGACCAGUCUAGAACCCGUACGUGCGGAAGCCAUACCAGCGUAACGGAGCACAUCCAGCGGAGCUCUUCCAGGCUGAAGCAAAUCGGGGCAGUCACCAUUCAGACAGGUGGCAUAAUGUCGCGGCCUGGACACCGAAGCUCCUGCCCCGCGGCCCAGGGAGUUUGGGAAGAGGUCCAAGCCUUGCGUCUUCUCUCACCAUAUCGUCCACACGCACUCGCUAAUUAACACGAGAUGAAGCGCUAUUUAAUAUUGCUAUAUAAGAAGCAAUCGGGUAAAAGCACUUCAAGUUCUAUGUGCAGUUCAUUCCUAUUUUGUUACGUUUUCAAUUCGAUACAAGAGCUGAUAUCCCUGACUACCAGAGCUAGAACGCUCUCCAGCCGCGGCAUCAUACCGGCCCAGACUUGAGCCCAUCAAUGCUCGCUGUACUAUAUGGCGGGGUCAUUCCAUUUGCUAUAUAACGGGUCUCGAAAGCGGCUGCCAUAGCGGCGUACUGGUGGCACUGGCGCACUGGCGCUACCCGGCGCGGCAGCGCCACCCGGCACGGCGGCGCUACCCGGCCCGGUGGU